AUGAAUGCAAUUUUGAAUCAAAAUUUCAAUACACCUCCAUCUUCACCAUUAUUACAACCAAGAUCAUCAAGUCCUAAAUCAAAUACAUCAAGAUUAAAUGAACAAGAGGAAUUAUUAAGUCGACAACAUCUUGAUAUUGAUUCAUUAAAAGAUUAUACAUCAUGUUCAAUGAAUGGUUCAACACAUACUACAAAUCAAACAAAUCAUAACUUACAACUACCUUCUCCAUUAUCACCAAAUUCAAAUCCAACAGAUUUUUUCACAUUAUCUAAAUCAGAAGUUCAAUAUAAUAAUUCAACAAGUUCUUUAAUAGAUAUACCCAAUGAUUUAAAAUUACACCAUGAUGAAGAAUUUAAUUUCCUUUGUGUUGAUGAUAAUCAAAUCAAUUUAACUAUAUUGAAUAAAAUCUUAUCCAAAACGUUUAAUCAAGCAUCAUUAAAAUCAACAUUAAAUCCAUUAGAAGUUAUUGGAGAAUUACAUUCCAAAAUAUAUGAUGUAUUAUUUCUUGAUAUAGAAAUGCCAGAAUUGAAUGGAGUUCAAAUUGCUACAAUGAUUAGAUCAAUACCUUUUUUCAACUCCUUAACAAUAAUUGCAGUUACAAGUCGUUCAUCACCACAAGAUUUAGUGGAUUAUACAAAUGCUGGGAUUGAUUAUACAAUUCCAAAACCAAUAACUAUAGAUUCAUCAGAUUUUAAAACAAUAGUUUUAAACACCAUGAAACAAAGAAGAUAG